CUCGCGAGGACUCGCAGCGUGCCGGUUUUUUACCCAGCGUGAGGGAUCGCGUUGGGGUUUAGUGGUCUGUCACGCCUCUGAAUUAAGACAGUUGUAAUUCAAAAACAAUUUAAACGAUUCGACACCGUACGGAGAGGACCCGAAACCCGCCGCCAUGAGUUUGCUCGCUAAAAUAGCUGAAAUCGAGUCCGAGAUGGCUCGGACCCAGAAGAACAAGGCCACCGCUCACCACCUGGGGCUGCUGAAGGCUCGACUGGCAAAGCUGCGCAGGGAGCUCAUCACUCCCAAGGGGGGCGGUGGAGGGGGCCCAGGGGAAGGUUUCGAUGUAGCGAAGACGGGCGAUGCCAGGAUUGGGUUUGUGGGCUUCCCUUCUGUGGGUAAGUCCACGCUGCUGAGUAACCUGGCUGGGGUGUAUUCAGAAGUGGCUGCGUACGAGUUCACCACCCUGACAACCGUGCCAGGGGUGAUCCGGUACAAAGGAGCCAAGAUCCAGCUGCUCGAUCUGCCCGGUAUUAUUGAGGGAGCCAAAGAUGGCAAAGGAAGAGGCCGACAGGUCAUUGCUGUGGCUCGAACCUGCAACCUGAUCCUCAUUGUGCUGGAUGUGCUGAAGCCACUGGGGCACAAGACUCUGAUUGAGCAUGAGCUGGAGGGCUUUGGGAUCCGCCUCAACAAACAGCCGCCCAACAUUGGCUAUAAGAGGAAGGACAAAGGAGGGAUCAACCUGACUGCCACGUGCGUCCAGAGUGAGCUGGACUUGGAGACUGUGAAGAGCAUCCUCGCGGAGUACAAGAUCCACAACGCUGACAUCACGCUGCGCAGCGACGCCACAGCGGACGACCUCAUCGACGUCGUGGAGGGAAACAGAGUAUACAUCCCCUGUAUUUACGUACUCAAUAAAAUCGAUCAGAUUUCAAUAGAGGAGCUUGAUAUCAUCUACAAAGUCCCUCACUGCGUCCCGAUCUCUGCUCACCAUCGCUGGAACUUCGACGAUCUCUUAGAAAAACUCUGGGAUUACCUUAAACUUGUCAGAAUCUACACCAAGCCCAAGGGCCAGCUGCCAGACUACACCUCCCCAGUAGUGCUGCCAGUGGAAAGGACAUCUGUGGAGGAUUUCUGUCUAAAAAUCCACAAGACACUGAUCAAGGAGUUCAAAUAUGCCCUGGUUUGGGGGUCCUCUGUGAAGUACAACCCCCAGAAAGUUGGAAAGGAUCACGUCAUGGAUGACGAGGAUGUAAUCCAGAUUGUCAAGAAAUAAAAAGCAGAGGCUAAGGGCCGGCCCUUUCACAUUAGGGUUCAUUAGUGAGCCAGGGUGUGAAAUCCAUGCCUUGUCUCUUUAGCGUUCCCAUAUCAAAGAACAACCCGGGAGAGCCUCUCCAGCUCAGCUGAGAGACCGCUUCUGAACCCAACUUGUAUUAAAUGUUUCACACAAACCUGUAUGUGAACUGAACUUGAGAUCAACCUUGUGUGAAAGGGCCCUGGAAUAAUGUGAGGCGCACCCUCCUCAAAGCUACACCUCCCUCCUCCUCCUCCUCAUCCUCCUAACCCUUUGGAAAUUCACAACCUCAAAGACAGCAAGGCUAGCUGUAAUAGAAACUCUGACUAUGAAACCCUUGCUGAAGUGCCCGUGUUCAUCUGCAUGGGGGGGGGGGGGGGUUGUGGUUUUGAAGGGAACAGAAUUUUGAAAUUGAAUAAACAAACAAAACCAUUUUAAUUGCAGAAAAAUACUUGGUGCUCUUGUGGUGCUGUACGUUACAUUUGGUGUAGAAAUCAGGGUUUCCUUCCUUUCCUUUUAACAUUGCAAAGCGAGGAAGAAACACUCCUCCCCACCCUUCUAAAAAAUGUAAAUAUUCAAAUAUUAGAUUUGCUUACUUUUUAGGAUUUCUGUGUACGUUUCAUAAGAGUACCAAAUCCCACUCACGCGUGGUCAGUGAUUGAGAUUAAAGCACCCCCAUCCCAUUUUAAAUUGAUCUAUAUAUAUAUAUAAAUACUGUGUAUUUAGGGCACCACGAGAAUGGAAAUGUACCGGAGCAAUGUUGUCAAGUGGCUGUCAGUAUAUAUGAUGCAUACUGACUGCAAUUCAUUCAUUUCAUUAAUGUAAAACUAUUAAAAAUUGAACAAUUAA